GUAAAGCCUUCACAGGGGGUGGGGGGAGGAGGAGAGAGAGCGGAAAAAGAGGCGCUCGUGGAGAAGAUGAACAUGACACCCGUGGGAGGUUAUUGUAUUAAACCAGCGGUGUCCACUGUGUAGGACUCGCGGAGUAGUCACGGGAGAUGUGAAUUUGGUUCAGUCGGGGGGAAAAAGUUUUGCAGCUGUUUAUUACAAUGGUCAUAAAUGGGUCUCACCUGAACAGCUCCGCUCAGGACCCCAGUGACGCCGCGUUGAGCCGCCCGCCGUGGGUCACCACAACUUUGGGCUGCUUCCUCAUCUUCACCAUCGUGGUCGACAUCCUGGGGAACCUGCUGGUCAUCUUCUCCGUGUAUCGAAACAAGAAGCUCAGGAACGCAGGAAACAUCUUUGUGGUCAGCCUGGCUGUGGCGGACCUCGUGGUGGCCAUCUACCCAUACCCUCUGGUCCUCACCUCCAUUUUCCACAAUGGCUGGAACCUGGGUAACGUCCACUGCCAGAUCAGCGGCUUCCUUAUGGGUGUCAGCGUCAUUGGCUCCAUCUUCAACAUCACUGGCAUUGCCAUCAACAGAUACUGCUACAUCUGUCACAGCCUCAAAUACGACAAACUUUACAGUGACAAAAACUCAGUGUGCUAUGUGGUCCUAAUAUGGGCGCUGACUGUGGUGGCCAUCGUGCCCAACCUGUUUGUGGGUUCGCUCCACUACGAUCGGCGGGUUUACUCCUGCACCUUCAAGCAGUCAGCCAGCUCUGCGUACACGAUCGCUGUGGUGUUUUUCCACUUCAUUCUGCCCAUCAUGAUUGUCACCUACUGCUACCUGCGCAUCUGGAUAUUGGUUAUACAGGUACGGCGACGGGUCAAGCCGGACAACCGGCCCAAGCUGACGCCGAACGACGUCCGGAACUUCGUCACGAUGUUUGUGGUGUUUGUGCUCUUUGCCGUUUGCUGGGCGCCGCUCAACUUCAUUGGCCUGGCUGUAGCAAUCAAACCGGAGGUCGUCGCUCCACUCAUCCCCGAGUGGUUAUUUGUGGCCAGCUACUUCAUGGCUUACUUCAACAGCUGCCUUAACGCCAUCGUAUAUGGCGUGCUGAACCAGAACUUCCGGCGGGAGUACAAACGCAUCGUGGUGUCGGUGUGUACAGCUCGCAUCUUCUUCCAGGACAGCUCCAACGACGCAGCGGAGAGACUCAAAAGUAAACCGUCGCCGCUCAUGACCAACAAUAACCAGGUCAAGGUCGACUCUGUCUGAACCAGAACUCACAGACUGGAUUUUUUUAUGCUGGAAUUGAGAGUUUCUCUAUUUUUUAAGGCUGACUGACAAAAAAAAAUUACCAAAUAUAAACAUAAACAGCUUCUGUCCUCUGGGCUUUCAAGACGUUCACACUGUACGGUGCUAUCUGACCUCUGAACAAUCACAGUAACAACAGAUGUUUCUAUAUUCUUUGUCUUUGUAUCAAGCACUUUGUUUGACUCUGCAGUACACGUAGUAAAGUAAAUGAAUAAUG